AACCUGCACCUGCCCUGCCCUACAACCUCAAGCCUAAAGGCUGCAAUCCUUCGACCCUGCCAGCCUGCUACCUACCGCGACCCUGUUACUACGACCCACUGACCCAUAUGAUAAGAUAAUGGUAUCCAUGUACAUAGUGGGGUUUUGAGGCUUCUUCGAGCUUGAAUCUUCGGUCGCUUUUUUUAAUUCAUAAUUAAGACACCUACCGCGCCUAUGCAUUUGCGACGAAUUUGAAAGUCGAUAUGUCUCGACUUAGAGUCGCUUCUCUGAGUAGAUAUCUUCUCUAUGGCCAAUUCUCCACGAGAGGUUGUCUAAGAUCUCAUGUGCGAACUGUUCCUAUAAUAGUUCAGCGCUCUCCUUCUCAAUGCCGAGCUGCCCACACAGAAGCCGCUUCUUCCCACCUCGAGAAUGUAUCCUCGCCAAUUCAUGUUCCCCUAAGGAAACAGUUGAAGGACGAAGCGAAGAAGCUUAAAGCUUCCGGCAAGAAAAAGAAAAAGAAUGUGAAUAAUCAAGUAGUGGACGGUUGGGAGCUCACUGUCGGAAUCGAGAUACACGCCCAAUUAAAUACUGCGAAGAAGCUCUUCUCGUCUGCUACGACAUCUUUCAACGACGAGCCGAACUCCCACGUCGCUUAUUUUGAUCUAGCCACCCCGGGUAGUCAACCUAUCUUCCAGAAAGAAACACUCAUUCCGGCACUGAGAGCUGCUUUGGCGCUUGACUGUAAAAUACAAAACGUAAGUAGGUUCGAUAGGAAGCACUACUUUCACUGGGAUCAGCCAUCGGGAUAUCAAAUCACACAAUACUACGAACCAUUUGCGCGGGAUGGCAAAAUUACACUUCAUCCUCGAGACGGAAUUGCAGCCGAAGAUGGCCACGGGGUCUCCGUUGGAAUUAAACAGAUCCAGAUGGAGCAGGAUACAGCCAAGACUAUGGCACAACCAGGCAAUGUUCAUUGGAUCGACUUCAAUCGUACCGGUGUACCCUUAAUUGAGAUUAUCACUCUACCUGAUAUUCACCAUCCAGCUACUGCUGCUGCCCUGGUUAGGAAGGUCCAGAUUCUACUGAAUGCUGUCGAUGCCUGCGUCUCAGGUAUGGAGGCCGGCGGUCUCCGUGCGGACGUCAAUGUUUCCGUUAGAAGAAGCGAUGAUCCGUCUGCCCCUCUAGGUCAGCGAACCGAGAUAAAGAAUCUAAGCAGCUUGAAAGCCGUUGAAGAUGCCAUCAUAGCUGAACGAGAUAGGCAGAUCUCUGUUCUUGAAUCUGGCGGGAGCAUCGCAAGCGAGACUCGUGGAUGGUCGAUCGGAUCGACUGAGACUCGUCGGUUGCGUGGUAAAGAAGGAGAAGUCGACUACAGAUAUAUGCCAGAUCCUGAUUUAGCCCCCGUUAUUAUUGGUGAUGACUUGGUCAGCCAUCUGCGCAGCCAUAUGGGCGAAUUGCCCGACGCCGAAGUUGAAGAAUUAAUUCAACGGUUCGAGCUCUCAACUAAGGAUGCGCAGUCCUUAGUGGCACUUGAUGGAGGCAAGCGAGUCGAAUAUUUCUGGAACGUCGUCGGUCUCCUCACUGAACGCUUUGGUCCAAAUGCGGAUUUACCGCAGUCGAGGGUCAAGAAGAUGUUGUGAAGCAAUUCGUAGACUACAAGCACUAUCCCCAGGGGAAGUUAAUGUUCCUAGUGGGUCGGAUGAUCAAGCUUGGUGCCGAAGAGAGAAUCGACCCCAAGGAAGCUGAGAGAAUUAUGAAGAGAGUAUUAGAAGAGGAAAUGAUCCCGGC